AAUGAAGGGACUGCGCGCGCGCGAGGCAAGUGACGCCCCGCCCUCCCAGGCCCUACAACACCCGAGAUUCCGCGCGCUUGUCUCUCUCGCAUCAGCUAUUCCCUUUCAGGUCCUUGGUCUGUCCGCUGGGGGCGCGCGCAGUGCGUGGCAGGAGGCAGCAGCGCCGGCGGCAGAGUGCGCGGGUCGCGUGGCGGUGCGUGGUUGCUAGGGGCGCUUAAGGCCGCCCGCUUGCCCAGCAGGCCGAGAGAAGAAGCAACGCGGAGCCGGCGCCGAGCGAGGCUGAGCUGGGUUCCCACUACGCUGGACAUUUUCCUGUUUGGACCUAGAUUGAGGACCUGAGCUACAAAACAGGCUUGUAUUCUUGUAAAGUUGAACUCUGCAGGCUAGAGCUUAAUAUUUGUACCUGUUUGUCCCUUAAGCCCUCCUGUUCCAGGGAUCAUAUGUAAGAAUAAGAAACAUGUUAGAUCAUGGCUCUGUAAAAUGGUAGGUUAUUCAAAAUACUAUUUUUCAGGUGAUUUAUUGGCUCAUAAAGUAAGUUCCUUGAGUUCCUUGCAAGCUGCUGAUUGGAGAGUAAGCUGAUGGUGGAUCCUUUGGACUUAGUCACAGAGAAUGCCUCUGAACCAGAAACAAAUGAAACCAGGUUGGAACAUUUGUACAGGAUACUGUACUGACAGAUUUCAAGAAUGCAGUUGGUAUUACUGGAGGUGUGUGGCACCUUACCUGAGCCUGGCCAUGAGGCCAUGUGGCCAUGAUGUGGGCCCCUCAUGGCCUCAGCAGGAACAGAGCACUACAGUAUUGGCCUCUGCCGGGGAAACAGCUUCAAGCAGAGUGGUCCCUCAGGCACGGUGCCUGCCCCACCACCUGAGAAAUCCUCUGUGGGCAAAGUCUGGUCUCAGGCCCAUCAGCAGGUGAAGCCAAUCUGGAAGCUGGAAAAGAAGCAUGUGGGGACGCUGUCAGUAGGAUUGAACCAAAGCUUCUUGGGUGUCCCACCCCAUCCAGCAUAUUUCUUUUGCCCUAGCACUUUAUGUAGCUCUGGGACCACAGCUGUUGUUGCAGGCCACAGCAGCUCCUGUUACCUGCGCUCUCUCCCAGACUUGUUCAGCAGUACCCUGUUGUACCGCCGUUCCAACUAUAGGCACAAACCAUACCAGCAACUGGAGUCCUUCUGCUUGCGUUCAAGCCCAUCGGAAAAAAGACCUUUUUUUCGCCCUCAAAAGAGCCUCCCUGUCAGACUCACUGCCAGUAAGGCUACUUCUUCCAUGAUCUUUCCCAUGGCCCAGCCCAUGGCAACCUCAUCCACAGAUCCAUACCUCUCUUUGGCAGCGGCUGGGGAAAACUCUUCAGGGAAGAGCCUGGCCUCUGCCAUCUCAGGAAAGAUCUCAUCUCCAUUGUCCUCCUACAAGCCCAUGCUGAAUAACAACUCCUUCAUGCGGCCAAAUAGCACUAACACUAAAGUGCCUUUAUCACAGGCCACCGAGGGCCUGAAGCCAGUAUCUCACCCCAAGAUCCAACCUGUUUCCUGGCAUCAUUCUGGGGGGACUGGAGACUGUGCAUCCCAGCCUAUAGACCAUAAGGUGCCCAAGAGCAUUGGCACUGUCCUAGAUGAUGCCACUGCCCAUAUCACUCUGUCUACUCCUGUCUCCCUCAACACACCCAACACCAGUGUUGCCUCUUCGCGGUACAGCUGGAAAAACUUAGCUACAAGAGCAGAGCCACAUCCCUGUGGCCUGGAUAACGGCUCCGACUCCCAAGCUCCAACUAAAGAGAUUCGGUUCACUGAGGCUGUGAGGAAGUUGACCUCAAGAAGCUUUGAGAAGAUGCAAAGGGAAGGCUGCCGGUUUGAACAGUCUUGUUUUGUGAGCCCCAGCUUCCAGCAGAGCCUCCUCGGCAGGAGCAGGCGGUGGAAACCUCCCGGGGUAGGGCAGCAGUUUCCUCAGGAGGAUGCUGGAUCAGACGGUAGGAUCCUCCCUGGUGCCUCAAACACCUUGGGGUUGGACGGUACAGUCUUCUGUACCAAACGUAUCAGCAUUCACCUCCUUGCCUCACAUGCCAAUGGGCUCAACCACAGCCGUGCCUGUGGAUCUGUAACUGACCCCCCACCACUUGAAGAAGACAAAGCUCCACUUCCUCCUUUUCCUCCUCAGCCCCUUGGCGUAGCCAGUGUGGCCACCUGCCUCUCUUCCAUCCAUCUGGGCCAGUCUGGGAAAGAGGGGCCUGAGGAAACCAGGGAGCUGAACCUCCCUCAUAGGGAUACAGGUUCAGCUACCGACCUCCAGCCAGACCAGGUUGAGACUGAAGAUGUAGAAGAAGAACUAAUAGAUGGUUUGGAAGACAGCUGUAGUCAUGAUGAGAAUGAAGAGGAGGAGGGAGACUCAGAGUACUCCUCAUUAAAUGUCAUCUCUCGCAGUGAGUCAGUGGCAGCUAUUUCUCGGAACUGCAUGGAAAGUCUGACCAAACCCCUUUCCAAUCAUGAGAAAGUUGUCCGACCAGCCCUUAUCUACAGUCUUUUCCCCAACGUGCCCCCAACCAUCUAUUUUGGCACUCAGGAUGAGAGAGUGGAGAAACUUCCCUUGGAGCAGAGGAAGCUACUCCGUUGGAAGAUGAGCACAGUGACCCCCAACAUUGUCAAGCAGACCGUUGGACGGUCCCACUUCAAAAUUAGCAAGAGAAAUGAUGACUGGCUGGGCUGCUGGGGUCACCACAUGAAGUCUCCUUGUUUCCGAUCAAUUAGAGAGCAUCAGAAGCUAAACCACUUCCCAGGCUCAUUCCAGAUUGGGAGGAAGGACCGGCUAUGGCGGAAUCUGUCACGCAUGCAGAGCCGCUUUGGCAAGAAGGAAUUCAGCUUCUUCCCCCAGUCCUUCAUCCUGCCCCAGGAUGCCAAGCUCCUGCGCAAAGCCUGGGAGAGCAGCAGCCGCCAGAAAUGGAUUGUGAAGCCACCAGCAUCAGCUCGAGGCAUUGGCAUCCAGGUCAUUCACAAGUGGAGUCAGCUCCCAAAGCGAAGACCCCUCUUGGUACAGCGGUAUCUACACAAACCCUACCUCAUCAGUGGCAGCAAGUUUGAUCUGCGGAUCUAUGUUUACGUCACUUCCUACGAUCCUCUACGGAUUUACCUCUUUUCAGAUGGACUUGUCCGCUUUGCCAGUUGCAAGUAUUCCCCUUCCAUGAAGAGCCUUGGCAAUAAGUUCAUGCAUCUGACCAACUACAGUGUCAAUAAAAAGAAUACUGAGUACCAGGCCAAUGCAGAUGAAACGGCCUGCCAGGGCCACAAAUGGGCGCUGAAGGCUUUGUGGAACUACCUGAGCCAAAAAGGAGUCAAUAGUGAUGCCAUCUGGGAGAAAAUAAAGGAUGUUGUUGUCAAAACCAUCAUCUCGUCAGAGCCCUAUGUGACCAGCCUGCUCAAGAUGUAUGUGCGGCGGCCUUAUAGCUGCCAUGAGCUCUUCGGUUUUGACAUCAUGCUGGACGAGAACCUCAAGCCCUGGGUCCUGGAAGUCAACAUUUCCCCAAGCCUCCACUCCAACUCUCCACUGGACAUCAGCAUCAAAGGCCAGAUGAUCCGUGACCUUCUGAACCUGGCAGGUUUUGUCCUGCCCAGUGCAGAGGAUGUCAUUUCCAGCCCCAGCAGCUCUAGCAGUUCCACCACCAGCCUGCCCAGCUCCCCUAGGGACAAAUGUCAAAUGGCUUCAGAGCAUUACAUUGCACAGAAGAUGAAAAAAGCCUAUUACCUGACCCAGAAAACUCCUGAUCAGGACUUCUAUGCAUCUGUACUGGAUGUCCUGACUCCAGAUGACGUUCGGAUUCUGGUAGAGAUGGAAGAUGAGUUUUCUCGCCGUGGUCAAUUUGAACGAAUUUUUCCUUCUCGGAUCUCUUCUCGCUAUCUCCGCUUUUUUGAGCAGCCACGCUAUUUCAACAUUCUCACCACCCAGUGGGAACGGAAAUACCAUAGCAACAAGCUCAAAGGAGUAGAUCUGCUUCGGAGUUGGUGCUACAAAGGGUUCCACACAGGAGUUGUCUCUGAUUCUGCUCCAAUGUGGUCUCUCCCUACUACACCUUUGACUGUCUCAAAGGGUGAUGUAACAUACAAUGCCUUCAGCAAGUUGGAGACUGGCAGACUGGGAAAACACAACUUUUCUGAGAGAAGCCUACUGCUCUCUGAACACAGGACCACACCUAAGCCCAAGAAGACUCAGGCUGGCCUUUCCCCUAUUUCCUGGCAAUCCAGGUCCUCAAAGGACAGUGAGGAUUCCAGCAAAAAGCCCAGCUUCUCUACCAAUAUGUCACCUGUGGGCAAGUACUCUGGGCAGACUUCAAGACUUUCUGCUUCCUCUACUUCCCAGUCAUCCAGUGACUCCCUCCUGGCUGCUGUGAGCCUAUAACUGGUCUCUCUUCACAAGCCUCUGCCAAGGAGCACCAGCGUCAGCUACCUCAUGGGAACCAGCCUGCUGAUCAGCCUGACCCCUGCCCUCCACUUGCCCCUCAUCAGAGUAUUUUUUGAAGUGGUUUAAUUGUAGAGAUGGGUAUUUGGAGGGCUGGAGGGAUGAUGGGGAAAAGGUGAAGAAGGUUCACCCUCUGUCACCUGUCGGCCUGGCUGGCACCUCAUAUCUCAGCAGAGAAGCCAGUGAUGGCCACGCAGCCUUAUAAAGCAGGGUUUGGUUUCUACCUU